AUGUCAUAUUAAAAUUGUUAUCCUGGUUGUACUUAAUGCACAGGCCCAGAUAAAAACUAAUGCAUUGCAUGUUCUGGAGGUUUGAUUGUUAUAAAUGGAGAAUGUAGAUGUUCAAUAAGAAAAAGUGUUAUGUAAUCAUAUGGAUGCGUAGAUAAAUGCUAUUUAACAGGAUCUAAAUUAAAAUCAUAAAAUAGAAUAUGUUUAGAUUUUGUACCAGCUAGUCUUGUAUUUUCUAGUUUAUAUGGAAUUAAUUUAGAGCCUGGGUAUAAUUGGAAUAUUAUUUAUGAUCCUUAACAUUUAGAUAUAAUAGAUAAGAAACUAUCACCAUAUAAUUUUGGACUCUUUAGAUUUAGAGAAGGAGCCUACACAUCUAUUAGUACUAUUUUUGCAAUAUACCCUUUGGUUACACUUGUUUAAUUUGUAUUUUGUAAUGCAACUCCAAUAAAUACAGGGGUUUAAUUUUAUAUUAAUUAGACAUAUAUAGAUUCUGUAUAUUUUGAUGGAACUUAAUUUAUAUAUGAUAAAGUAGAGAUGAGAUCAUAAUAAACAUAUCCAGUAACUGGAUAAUGCAUUAAUAAUUUGUUUAUAUCUGUUGAGAUAUUCACAACUUUGAUUCAAUAAAAGUUAACAUUUUCUCUUUAAGGGAAUUUUACGUAACAUUUAAAAAUAAUUUAGUUAACCAGGAGCUGGUUGGUUUUUAAGAUUUGCUUAAAUUACAACAGGUUAUUGUCCAUAUAGAUGUUUGAAAUGUGAUAUGUUUUACAGGUGUAUUCAAUGUUAUUACGGAUUUGUAAAAAUUUCAGAUGGAACCUGUUUAUAUUUUGAUUGUCCUUUAGAAUCUACAUAUAAUGGUACUCAUUGUGUUAAAUAUGAUUAAGUUACAAAAUGUAAAUAUAUAAUAUAACAUAAGAUUCAAAAUAUAUUGUUAGAGAAUUUUAUGACUUUACUGUCACAGAUACUCUAAAUACAACUUUUAUUUUGGAAUCAACUAUACCAACAGAUUUGUAAAAAGGUUCUUUUGUAUAUUGGUCUUAUACUGAUACAAAAAGGAUAUUUGGUGGUAAAUACAUUUGGGCAUAAUCAAGAUUUUCUCAAAUAUAUACUUUAAAUCCACAUCAUUCAUUAACUAUUUAUUUUUAAGUAAUUUUUGGUCCAAAUUUUCCGACCUCUCCUAUUAAUUACUUUUCAUAUGAAAUUAAUAAUUGUACUCAAAAAUAAAUAACUCAAAGUUCAACAUUAAGUAUUAUAGAAAAAGUUUUAACCUAUAAUCCUACUUUAACAAUUGCUAUUUAAAGUUUUGGUGUUAAUAUUAUUGAUUCCUAUUGCGGAAUAUCAAAUUAUUAUAUUGUUGUUCAUUAUUGUAAGCCAUAUUGUAAUAGAUGUACAAAUGAAUUUACUUGUGAUGAAUGGAUGACGUAUGAUUCUAAUAUUGUAAAAACAGAAUAAUCAUAAUGUUUUAAUAAUUAAUUUGUAGAUGAAACUACAUCUACUUGCGAAGAUUGUCCUUUUGAAUGCCUUACUUGUUUUAAUGAAUAUGAAUGUUUAACAUGCAAGCCUAAUUAUUAAUUAAUUAUUACAACUUGUAUAUUAGGUUGCUAGCUUAAUUAAUUCUAUGAUGGAAUCAAUUGUUUAGAUUGUCAUUAUAGUUGUAAAUAAUGCUAAUCAACUAAUUAUUGUAUACAUUGUGAAUCUACAUCUCUAAGAUAUUUAGAAAAUAGAGAUUGCAAAUGUUUUGAUGGUUAUUAUGACUAGAAUAAUAUUUAAUUAUGUUAACCAUGUGAUAAGUUAUGUACAAAAUGUAAUGGAUCUACAAAUUUGCAUUGUUAAGAAUGUAUAGUUUUAGACAAUUUAAUAUUAAAUGGAAAUUCUUGUGAAUGUAAUAUUGGAUAUUACUUUGAUGAAUUUUAAUAGAAGUGUUUAUUAUGUUCAAAUAAAUGCGAAACAUGUUUUCAAUCAUCAGAUUCAUCUUGUUUAUCUUGUUUUUCUAAUUAAUAUAGAAUUUUGAAUGGAAUAUUAUGAUAGUAACUAAGAUAAUUGUAUAUAAUGUCCAUCUUUAGAAGAUGUCUUAUUAACAUCUUGUUAUUAGAUUUGUGGAAACAAUGAUUCAAUUUGGUUUAAUUAGAAUUGUCCUCCUUAUAUUUGCUCAUCUGAAUAUAAUAAUAUCAAUAAUUAAUGUUAACCUAUAUGCGGAGAUUUAUUAGUUGUAAGUGAAGAAUAGUGUGAUGAUGGAAAUUUAAUUUAAUUUGAUGGAUGUCAUAAUUGUAGAUUUUAAUGUCCUGCUUAAUGUACUAUUUGUGAUAAUACUACUGUAUUCCCUUGUAUUGAUAUUUGUGGUGAUGGAAUUAUUAGUGGAUUAGAAGAGUGUGAUGAUUCAAAUGAUGUCUAAUUUGAUGGAUGUUAUUAAUGUAAAAUUGAAUGUUAACUUUAAUGUACAAGAUGUACCAAAGGAAUAUGUUCUGAAUGUUAAACAUUUGGUUGGAUGUUUGAUCCUAAUUCAAGUUUAUGUAUAGAAAAAUGUGGUGAUGGAUAUGUAGUUGGAAAUGAACCUUGUGAUGAUGGAUAUAAUUUUGACCCAAAUGAUAGUUGUCUAGCUUGUAAGAGAGUAUGUAGGGAUGAUUGUAAAACAUGCAGUGAUGAUGGAAAAACAUGUUUAGAAUGUAAAACAAUUGGGUUUAGGCCAGUAUAUUACUUUUGUAUAAACAUUUGUGGUGAUGGACAUUUAGCAGUAGAUCCACAUAAUAGAUAUAUAGAAUAAUGUGAUGAUUUUAAUUUAGUUAAUUAUGACGGUUGUAAUGCAGUCUGUUAAUUCUAAUGUUAAACAAUUGAUAUUUGUACAAGUUGUGUAAGUAAUAAAUGUUAAAGUUGUAUAAGUACAUAUUAUUUAGAUGAAUAAAAAAAUAAAUGUAUUGAAUUAUGUUAUGAUAAUAUUAUUGUUGGCAAUUAAAAAUGUGAAGAUAAAUAGUUUAAUGUUAGAUGGAUGUUAUAAUUGUUAAUUAUCAUGUUAAUAAUCUUGUUAAACUUGUACAAUCAAAGGUUGUACUUAAUGU